AUGGUUAUAAACGAGCAAGAUCAAGAAGAUAGCGACAGUGAUAUGGAUGAUGAAGACAAUAUUGAUUGGGAGGAUGUUAAAGUCCCUGAACAACAAGUGAUUUCAUCACAACAACAACAGCAACAGCAAGAAGACGGCAGUACUGGUUAUAAAACCCAAGAGGCGUCUCAGUAUAAGGACGUUGAAGUUGUGUUCGAGGCGCCACGUGCAGUGUUAAAAAAAUCAAAGUGGCAAGCGGAAUACGAUCGAAGUUUACGUGAAGCAAUGCAUCAUAGUCAUGUCAUGCUGCUGAUUGGACAUUAUAUGAUAAGGAACGCGUGGUGCGCGUCCAACGAAGUACAAGCUGUCUGUUUAUCGGUGGUUCCAGACCAUAUUCAAAAACAAUGCGGUCGAAAGGAUGAAUCAGAAAAGGAUUUUGAAACAGGGGUUAAAUGGCUACUAACAUGGUGGCGCGAGUAUUUUACGCUUGUUGGUGCCGGUUUGGUAACGCGAGCAUAUGAUGACUACGCGUUCUUAAAAAGCGCUGAUUUGACAGCGGGAACGUUGGAAAAGCAUGAUAUGGUGGAUGGUGAGAAUAUCCCGUCGGCCAUGGAGUUUAUCGACAAGUUAGUUUCCCAGGAAGGUUUUCGAGACACAUCUGGCGAGCUUUUUGUCGCUAUACUACGUGCACUGUCAUUUGAUGCGCGACUUGUUUGCUCACUACAGCCUUUACCGUAUCGGAUACCAACCAACAAGCGGAAAGAGCCCUCAGUAGAACCAGCUGAAACAUCCACUACUACUGAAAAACUCAAAUUCCCUAUGCGAACUCCUCGACCAAAGUUACAAAAGGACACUACCCUAGAUGAAGAGCUGAAAGCGCGCAACGCUAAACCGCCCACCGUGUGGGCCGAGGUGUUUAAUCCAUUUACAGAGCAGUGGGUCUGUAUCGAUCCGAUUCGCGGCUACUACAACCAGCGCAAAUCCAUGGAACCGAGUAGCGGAGAUCGACGGAACGUCACGUCAAUCGUACUUGCUUUUCCAGCAGACCAGGAUGGAUGUGUUGACGUGACACGCCGCUACACAUCCAACAUGGGCAAAGCGAUGCGAUUACGCGAGAAAGAACUCACGAAACGGGAAAAGGAAGGUGGAUUCAAUUCUUGGUGGGAAGGAUGUUAUAGGAUCAUUCAGAGAAAACGCUGGGGUAAGCGUGAAGAAAAAGAACAAGAUGAAUUGGAAAACUUGAAUACGGGGGAGCCUAUGCCGACGUCAAUAGGUGCAUUCAACAAUCAUCCACUCUAUGCUUUGGAACGCCACUUGAAGAAAUUUGAAGUGUUGCACCCAAAGGAACCCGUGUUGGGUCAUAUUCGAGGCGAGUCGAUCUAUCCGCGGUCGUGUGUCAAGCCGGUGCAUACAGCAGAAACGUGGAUCAAGCAAGGACGUGUCAUAAAGGAUGGUGAACAGCCUGUCAAGCGUGUGAAUGCAAGAGCAGUAACCAUGGAGAGAAAACGAGCGCAGGAGUUGGCCAAGCAAGAAGGCGCGCCGCUACAAGUUGCGUGCUAUGGCACAUGGCAGACAGAUGUUUACAAGCCUCCGCCUGUGGUUGAUGGUAUUGUUCCAAGAAAUGCAUAUGGAAGAGUUGACCUAUACACCCCAGAAAUGCUACCGCCUGGAGCAGCUCAUAUUCCAAUCAAUGGUAUUGCGAAAAUUGCUCGACGGUUAGGGAUCAAUUAUGCAGAAGCAGUGGUGGAUUUUGAGUUCAUCAAACGACGUUCUGUUCCUGUCACAGCUGGCAUUGUUGUCGCCAAAGAAAAUAAAGCCGUUCUUCUCGAGGCAUGGGAAGAGCACCAACAUACUGAAGCCACUAAAGCAAUAAAAAAACAAGAGAAAGAAGUGUAUGGUCGAUGGCGAAAGCUUAUUUUGGGUACGCUGAUCCAAGCUCGACUGGAGCGAGACUAUGGUAGUAACAACCCGCCAUCAUCCUCAACUUCGUCUGUUGCCGAUAACAAUGAUUCGAAAAGUACAACAACAGCAGAGGAUGAUCACCAAGAGACGCAAUGGGAAUCUUUCCUGAAGAACCGACACCAAGAUCGGCCUAGUGAGGAUAUAGCUGGUGGAGGUGGAGUUCAGCCUGAAAAUUCUGGUGGUGCUGGUGGUGGAUUCUUACCAGAUGAUGAUGAAUAA